CUCAUAUAGUUCAGAAAACAAAUAACUGCCCAUAAGUCAACCAUAUACCAAUGAGACAGACAUCAUUGGAUUAUUGUUAUACUGCUAUUCAUUCCCGCCGCUAUCAGACUAUACCUUCAUUUCAAAAUCGACAGACACAAGAGAACAGAUGAUACGCUCACCCUUAUUGCCUAGUUGCUUUUGGUUAUGUAAGCAUCCAUCCUGUCAGCAAUAUACAAGCAGAUGUACGCAUCUAUCUGGUUCUCCAUGGGUAUAAUACCCCUCCCGACCAACUAUAUCUGGAUGGUAAUGGCGUGUCAACACGGCCAGCUUGCUGCGUACUGCAUCGCGGCGGCUGCACUGUGGUGUGUCUUAUUCUUCUUCCGGAACCUCGACGAGAGAUAUAGGUUCCAACGGGCGAUACGGUGGGUUGUCUCAGGGCUACCGAUUGUUAUGUGAGCUGGGCCUC